AUGCAAUCUACUCCAGCUGCUGCCCCCCAGGGCUACAGCCCUGAUUUGGACGCUGAGGGAUCUUUUCCGGAGAGGCACCUCGACGAUGACAAAGUGGUCCCUGGCCCAUCACCGGCAGCGGGGCCCCGUCGGUUUCAUGCUGGGACCCCUAAUCAUCGACUAGCUUUUGAACCGAGUCUUCCGACUGUAUAUGCACGGGAUUGGCCUGGCCCAAACCAAACUCUUCCUCUUGACACUCAGGUAUGGCCCCACGGGCCGUUGCCAGACCCAAAUCUUGUUCCAGCACCCUAUCAGCAAGCGACGACACCUUUACUACAGCCAGAAUGGUCCUCCUUUCGAAACCAGCACCAGGAUGGAUUGUCCUCCUGGCCGCAUUCCCACACGGAAAUGAGCCUUGACGAUGAUUCCGAUUCGAUACAGAGCGACUUUUCUCUUACGAUGUCAACGUUAAGCUCCCAACGCCCCCGACGAACAAGUAGUCACCGCGUGUCGAAGCCACUAAAGGCACCAUCACCGAUACCCGGACACCAUCCCGCAGUGCGCGUUGAGAGACCCUACAUCCCGGACUUUGAUUACAGCACAGACUGGCUUGAUCCUGACAGUGCAGCCGCGUUCUUCCCGACGGCUACUCACGAUCCCGCAACAGCAGCAGCGGCAGCAGCAGCAGCGACGGGCACCACAGGGGCGGAGAUUGAAGUAGCGUACCGGGACGGUUCCUCGUCGGCUAAGGUGGACUCGAAACGAAUCGCGCACAAGCUAUCCGAAAAGACUCGACGCAACCGCCUCACGAUAGCAAUACGAGAGAUUCAGAAACUUCUCCCAUCCGGCCUCGCACCCGACGACGAAUCUAGUUCACAAGCGCAAAAGGACGCCGAUUAUAUCGUUCGGCCCGGUGUGCCGAGUAGCAAACUCGACAUUGUGGAAAUGGCUGUUGGGUUUAUCAGGGACCUGAAGGAGAGGAACAAGGACCUGGCGAAGCGGUUACGCGAAGCAGAGAAGCAACUGGAAACGUGCCGGUGUCAAGUCGCGGCAGGGAAACAGCCGGCCGGGUCAUCAUUGAGUCUUCCGGCCAUGGAUGAAACAGCGGGUUGA